ACGAGUUUGUUUCCGGGUGAUUCUCUCCGUGUUUUGCAGCUAGAUGCUUCAAGAGAAACAAAGAAUUGAAACAAAGCGCCAGCAGCGGAAAUAUAUCAUUUGUGUGUUGAAUAAGUGAGCGUUAUGGAGAAUAGAUGUUUUCAGUUCAGCCUCAGAGGGAGUUUAUCAUCGGCAAAUCAACUGUUGCUAAGAAUACAUUUACACAGUUUGAAGACAAGCACCGUCAAGUCUGAGGCAGCGCAGACUUCUUGAUUUCACCCGGACACCACCGAUAAUCUAAAUUCGGACAGGUAUGAAAUAAAGGCGGUUUUACAGUAUUAUGUUGAGAUGGAGGAGGAUCUACCUCACCAGCAGCUCUGCAAACAAAAGAGAAACUUUAGUUUGGACCAGAAGGAAGCAGAACCUCUGCAGAUCAAAGAAGAGCAGAAUGAGCAAGAACAUCAACCGAUAAAGGAGGAGCAGGAGGAGUUUGAAUCUUUCCAAAUAAAAGAGGAAGAAGAGGAACUCCAUAUCAGUCAGGAUGAAGAGCCUUAUUUGCUAAAGUGGAACACUUAUACCUUUGAGGUUUCUCCUGUUAAUGGAGAAAAAUACCACCUUGAACCAGAACCAGACAGACACCAACUGGACCCUGAGGAUGCUCCUGAAGUGAAGAACCAGGAUCAGGAAGAAAACGAUCAUGAAGACUUAGGAUUAAGGCGAGACCUUGUGAAGCUGCUGGCUGAAGCUGAAGUGUCCUCCAUUGCUGAAGAUGGUCCUACAUCAUUCAGAAGACAAUCAUCUAAACAUGGAUGCAGUGAAACACAGGACAUUGGGCUUCGGACGAGGGUCCCACCAGUCGAAAGCGACGACAGCUGUCUUAGUGAUAGUGACGAUAGUGAUGAGGACCACAGAGCUAAACCCGGUGAUGAAAGCAGUAGUGAUGAAGAGUCCAACAGCAGUAAUGAUCCACCUGCCAGCACUAGCGCCACUAUCGCAAGCGCUCAAUCGGCCUCUGCUAAAAGGAGACGCUGGCGAAAGUUAGCAUGGGAGAAGGUGCAACCACAGAACUCAGCAAAAGACCUUCCUAUCUGGCGAGGCUCUCUUCCCAGUGCUGAAGAAACCAGAGAGCCUAUUCAGUAUUUCCGAGACUUUUUUGAUGUUGACCUUUUGAAUACUAUUGUACAACAAAGUAAUCUGUACUGUGCACAAGAAAGUACAUACAGUCGAUACAGUGGCCUCAAACUGGAUCGAAAUGAACUUGAGCAGUUUAUUGGCACUUUGGUGUACAUGAGUGUUGUACAUUUACCAACGUCAAGAAUGUACUGGUCCAGUGAAUGUCGAGUAGAGCAGGUGGCUGAUGUGAUGACCCGAGAGAGAUGGAAAAAAAUUAAGGAAUUCAUUCAUUUCAAUGACAACAGCAACACGACUGCCAACAGUGGGGAUGCGCUCUUCAAAAUUAGACCCAUUAUUGAUUCACUUCUCCAAAAGCUUAGCAGGCUACCUCAAGAUCAAAUGUUGGCUGUUGCUCAGCAAAUGGUCCCUUUCACAGGUACGUCUAGUCUAAUUCAUUAUAUCCCCAAGAGGUCUCGCAAAUGGGGAUACAAAAUCUUUGUGCUGUGUGAUACAAAGGGCCUGGUGCAUUCUUUCGACAUAUUUACAGGAAAACUAGAUCCUGUACCUGGAGAACCAGACAUCGGGGGGAGUGGAAACAUUGUCUUAAAGCUUGUACAGGUCAUUCAUGGUUCCGUCAAUCAUCUUCUGUAUUUUGACAGCUGGUUUUCUUCCUUUGACUUGUUUGUGGCUCUUGCAAACAAGGGGAUACUAGCCCUUGGGACUGUGGAGCAAAGUGCCCUCCAAGGGUGCAGUUUUAGCACAGACCCUGAGAUGAAGAAGAAGGGAAUGGGGUCAUUUGAAGAGAAAAGGGCUGUCGUCGACAGUUUAGAAAUAAGAGCAGUUAAAUGGUUUGACUAUAGAGGGGUGAUCGUUGCUAGCACUUUUGCCAAUGCCCAGCCUGUGUCUAACAUCCAAAGAUGGGACAGAAAGUUGAAACAGAAGGUUUCCGUUGAAUGCCCAGCCAUCAUCAGCCUGUAUAACACGUUUGUGGCUGGCGUUGAUGCUCUAGAUGCACUGAUUACAUCUCAUCGUAUCCAGAUUAGGUCCAGAAAGUACUACCAACGGUUAUUUUUUCAUUUUGUUGAUAUGGUCAUUGUAAACUGCUGGCUAUUAUAUCAACGUGAUUGUGAAUCCCUGGAUGUUCCAAGAAAAAAGCAGAAGGACUUUCUUGCGUUUAGAAUUUCAAUAGCACAAGCACUCUGCAUGCAAGGCAAGGACCUGUCCAGCAAGAAGAGGGGCUGGGCUUUCUUUGAUGUCGAAAGUGAAUUUGAAAAGAAGAAACGUCGAGGCCCGGCUAAGGCUAUUCCAACACUGAAAGUCCGUUCAGAUGCUGUUGGUCACUGGCCAGUGGUGGAAAGCGGACGGCAACGCUGCAAACUUCCUAACUGUAAGGGCCAGACAGUCUUCAAAUGUUCAAAGUGCAAUGUGCACCUGUGCCUCAAGAAAAACAAGAACUGUUUUGGAGAAUUUCACAAGUAACAAUUUUUUCUUCCUGCAAACAAGGGAAUACCAGUCCUGGACUGUAACUGUGCAGCAAAAUGGGUUUCCUUUAUUUGAUUACCGUGACAAUAGACCGCAAUGAUUGAACACAUCCACUUCCAAACUCAGCUUCAGCAACAGCAGCAUCAAUAAAAUGCUCUACAUA